UGGGGAAAUCCCUUUAAAACAUUGUUCGGAUAUAAUACAGUAUCAAAAUGUUAUACAGGUAGCCAACAUAUACCCAUGCGUAUAUUAUCUACUACUAUUUUCUGAUGGCUGUAGUUUUGGACUAGUUUUAGCGAGUCACAACCAUCCAAAAUCUUAUUCUGUAACGCAGUUAAAGAAGUGAUAUUCGAAAUAAAGGAUUAAGUUAUAGAGUGGCCAUGCUUCUGCUACAGAUUUACUUCCUGUUCCUGACUGUGUCAGUCUUUAUGACUGAUUCACACGAAGGAACAAAGAUCAGUGGAAUGGACGAUUGCUAUACUGAAGAAUUAUCUGUUAUAUGUGAACACAGUCUACCUUAUGUUCUUCCUGAUAAUAUGUCGAGAGUGAUUGUUAAAGACUUUUUGCAUGCCAUGAUAAAGAAUGAAACAUUUACGGAUAUUACAUGGAUGUCAGUAGAUCUUUUGGAUAUAACAGUAAAUCAUCAUGUAAAUUUACGUCUUGAAGACUACAACUUUUAUCCUCUCACAACUCUAAAGACACUCGGAAUACAUUCCCCUGUUUUAACGUUUAAAGAACGGAAUCAGAGUAAUAUUCUGUAUGGAUUGACAAAACUACGGACAUUAAAUCUAUCGUCAUGUAAUUAUCUCAGUGCGAGAGAACUUUUGACAAUGCUUGAGACACAUAACCGCUUAGACGCAUUAAUUCUUGACCAGUUUGCCACUUCUAGUGUUACUAUUCAUAAUUUAGUUAUAGAUAAUGCGUUAAUUAAACUGAUUAGUAAACUGGAAGUACGGAAGUUAAGUUUAAGUGGAUGUAACUUACUAUUCAAGGGUCCAUUCCAGAUAGAAAAUCUUUCAUAUUAUUUACGUGAUUUUGAUAUUUCGAAUACCACGCUGGUUGUCAGCAGUGGUUAUUCAGAGCUAAAGGUACUAUUGGAAGGUAUGCUGUACCAUGUGAAAAGUUUGGAUGCAUCCCUUAUUCAACCUAGAUUCUUAAAUCUAGAUUAUAGUUUCCUAUCUAACAAAACAGUUAAUCUAAAAUGUAACGAAACUACCGAUUCUCUUGUACAAAGACUGUUUUACAAAGUUGAAAAUUUGAAACUAAAUGGAAUUCUUUCUAGAAGCAUGGAGAUAACAAAUUCUUUUUUCAACUUAUCGGCGUGUAAUUAUAAUUUAGAAUCAUUGCAAUUAAGAUCUAAUAAACUUCAUAUUUUCAAUUCAACUUUACUGUGGCCAAGCAAAAUCCACCUACAUGAACUUGAUUUAUCUUUAAACGAUCUGGAAUACUUAUCCCCUUUUGCCUUUGGAUCAAUCUUGUCGUUAAAAAGAUUCCACCUUGCUCACAAUAAACUGUAUCUGAUGGCCUCCUUUGUAGAAUUUCGGUAUCUGUUCUUUACAUUCAAACGUUUAUUACACCUGGAUCUUUCACAUAAUCAGUUAAGCUGGUUACCUUCUACAAUAUUUUCUAAUAAUAUCAACUUGACAGAAAUAGAUUUAUCCCAUAAUAAGUUAGCUUCAAUAAGUUUUGAAAUACGACAUUUAAUUAACUUACGUUUUCUCAACAUGGAAAACAAUAAGAUACACUAUAUUGAUGGUUCCGACUUGCGCAAUCUCGUUUUGCUAACAGAAAAUAUGCCAAAACCUGUCGAAAUCAGUUUUUCUCAUAAUCCAUUGCUCUGCAAUUGCCAGUCGGAACCGUUUAUUUCAUGGUUAUCUUCGUACUUCGAAACAAACAAAAUACGAAAGUAUACAUGUACCUUAGAUGGCAACGAUAUUGUAGUUGAUGAUAAAGCAGUUGACGAAACAAGGUUUCUGUGCAUACGUUCAAGAGUAGUGGCAGUUUCAGUUUCAACGGGUAUAGCAUUUUUCUGUAUCAUCUCUCUUGCUAUUACGUCCAUCGUAUACAGGAAACGAAAACAAGAAACAAUGCGAAAAGGGGCAAAUUUUCUAGAAGAUUUUAAAAACGGAUUACUGGAACAGAAGUUUUUAUGCUUUUUAUCGUUUUGCAGUGAAGACGAAAGACAUGAGAUCGAGCUAACUUAUGAAAACCUAAGAGAAUCGUUGAAAGCGUUGACGGGAAUAGAACAAGAACUAGUAUGUUUUGGUGAUAAACAUAUUAAUCCAGGAUUUCCAAUCGUUGACGAAAUAUUAAGAUGUGUAUCAAAGAGCUGUGUUGCAGUUUUUGUGGUUUCAAACAGUUUCUGUGAAAGCUACUGGUGUCAGAUGGAAGUUCGUGAAGCCUACGAACUUAAUAAACCCAUUAUUCUGAUAUGCAAAGAGGUUAUUGACUUAACAAUAAUGUCACCUUUGAUGUUGAAAAUAUUUAGACAGUUUACACGAGCCAAAAUCGUUACUAAUGAAAAUGGUCAAAUGGAACUUGUACCAGACUUCGGUCAUUUUUCCAGUUCCAUUCUUAAACUUGCAGCCUUGCGGUACGAAGAAGGUAUUAACUAGUUCGAGUCCAUUUUUCAUAAAAUAAAGCAUGGUAUAAAAUAAAAGGAUUAACUAGUUUAAUUGUUACACGUAUGACGCGACAAUGCAAUGAAUGUAUUAAUUUGCUUGAUACAUGAUGGUUCGAGGAAUGAAUUACCUUAUUUCAUUCUGAAACAUGCAUCUUGUUUGUAAAAAGUAUGGAUUGAUUAGUUCUGUUCUUAAGUAUGCAGUACGGUCGUAAGGAGAGGAGGUUGAUAAGUAUCAAAUAAUAUACUUGUAAUUAUAGGCGCGAAACUGUCAUAAUAUAUUUCUUGUCUUUUUCUUUAGGCCUAAAACAAUUUCUUUGUUUCCGGUAACAUGCUCAAAAGAAUUAGGGUAGGUAGGUCGGAAUUUUUUUUUUUGGAAUUAUUAAGGGAGACUUUUCGAAAAUUAUUUUUUUGUCAAAAAAUAAUUACAAAUAAGGAGGUUAUGCCUUUAGAGCAUCAGUAAGUUAAUUUCUAACAUCUCUGGCCAUGUUUUAAGCAUAAAAAAGUGCAGUUUUGCAUCUUUUUGUUAAAAACAAUAAACAAAAUAUUCUUCAAGGCCAUAAAAACAUUUAGGGUCGGGCCAAAAAUUUAGGGUAGGUUGGGAUACCGGAAACAAACAUUUUUUUACGCCUGAAUAGUUUAUCUCAUGUCAUUUUAUUUAAAUUAUUGUUGCAAUAAUUUUAUAUAUAAAAUACUAAUUACAUGUAAUCAUGGUGGUAAAUAUUUUUAUAUUAGGACCCUAUAACUGAAAAUAUAUUUCAAACUGCUUCGUUGCAUUGUGUCAAAAAUAUAUAUUAAACAAUUCAGAUGGAUAGGCCAUGUUUAAAGCAUUUAUAAAAAGUGGAGUUUUGCAACUUUUUGUUGGAAAGUUGAAAAUCUUAUUCUCCAAGUCUUUAAAAACAUUUAGAGUCGGACCAAAAAUUUAGGAUAGGCCGGGAUGCCGGAAACAAACAUGUUUUACGCCAAAACGUUUUGCUGCACUUCCAUUUCCAAAUGUUAUAAAUAUAUAUGAUAUUUCGUAGCUCCCCAAAGACAAAUACUAUUGCAAAGUGUAAAUAGAUAUGAUUAAAAGUAAAAUGAGUAAACUUUGAGUUGGAAAUUAAGUGACUUUAAAGUGACAUUGCUUCUAGGUUGCUCAAUUCUUAAAGAUUAAUGAGCCGUGCCACGGGAAAACCAAAAAUAGUGCGUUUGCGACCAGCAUGGAUCCAGACCAACCAGCGCUUCCGCGCUGACUGGUUAAGAUUCAUACUGUUCGCUUUUAAAGCGUAUUGCAAUUAGAGAAACCAUUUGCGAACAGCAUGAAUCCUGACCAGUCUGCGCGUACAGUAAACAGGAGAAUUACAAUAAGAUAAAAAUAUAUUUUGGAAGAUGUAAAAAAAUAACAGAAAACUCGGUAUGAUCGAGUCUAUUCGUAUGGGGUUAUGAAAAGUGCAACAUCCGUGACGCUCCGAAGCACCGGCUUAAGCGAACUCUAAAUUCUCAAAUGACCACAAAUAGUAACUAUGUACAGGCUUUGACUUUAAAAGCUCCGUUUGGUUCUAGGAAUUUUAUGUUUUUGUUAUUUUGGCAACGUAGAUAAAUCUGUAUAUGUAAAUCUCCGUUUAAAGUCAUUUUAAUUUACAGCUCGUUUAGAAAACGUAUACCCACUUGCUCUUAAUACAUUCGAGCUGCGUCAUUAGAAAACCAACAUAGUGCAGUUGCGAUCAGCAUAGAUCCAGACCAGCCUGCACAUCCACGCAGUCUGGUAAGGAUCCAUGUUAUCCGCUAACGGUUUCUGUAAUUGAAAUAGACUUUGAAAGCGAAUAACAUAUAUCCUGACCAGACUGUGCGGAUGUGCAGGUUGGUCUGGAUCCAUGUUGGUCGCAAAUGCACUAUGUUGAAUUUCUCAUGGUGCGGCUCAAUUAUCAAUAUUAUACUUGAAUGUAAUAAAUUAGUAAUGUUUGGCGUGGGAGCUACGCAAUUUCGUGUUUUUAAUAUAACGAUUGUGUAACAGUUCAUGUCGUUUCAAGAUUGGAAGACUUUGGUAGAAUUGACUUUUACCUCAGUAAAUGACAAUUUAUUUUUAGCUCGACUAUUCGGGUAAUAAGUAGAGCUAUCCUAAUUACCACGGCGUCGGCGGCGGCGUCACACCUUGGUUAAGUUUUUCGUACCAGUCUACAUUUUGACAAAGUCUUUUGAGAUAAAGCUUUGAAACUUUCAACACUUAUUUACCAUCACCAUGGCCAGUUAUAGGCAAGAGUACAUAACUCCAUCAAGGAUUUUGGCUGAAUUAUGGCCCCUUUUGACUUAGAAAUCAUGGUUAAGUUUUUCGUACAGUUCAUAUUUUGACAAAGUCUUUUAAGAUAAAGCUUUGAAACUUUCAACACUUGUUUACCAUCACCAUGGCCAGUUAUAGGCAAGAGUACAUAACUCCAUCAAGGAUUUUGGCUGAAUUAUGGCCCCUUUCGACUUAGAAAUCUUGGUUAAGUUUUUCGUACCAGUUCAUAUUUUGACAAAGUCUUUUGAGAUAAAGCUUUGAAACUUUCAACACUUGUUUAGCAUCACCAUGUCCAGUUAUAGGCAAGAGCACAUAACUCCAUCAAGGAUUUUGGCUGAAUUAUGGCCCUUUUUGACUUAGAAAUCUGGGUUAAUAUUUCGUACCAGUUCAUAUUUUGACAAAGUCUUUUGAGAUAAAGCUUUGAAACUUUCAACACUUGUUUAGCAUCACCAUCUCCAGUUAUAGGCAAGAGCACAUAACUCCAUCAAAGAUUUUGGCUGAAUUAUGGCCCUUUUUGACUUAGAAAUCUGGAUUAAUAUUUCGUACCAGUUCAUAUUUUGACAAAGUCUUUUGAGAUAAAGCUUUGAAACGUUCAAUACCUGUUUACCAUCACCAUAUCCAGUUAUAGGCAAGAGUACAUAACUCCAUCAAGGAUUGUGGCUGAAUUAUGGCCCCUUUUGACUUAGAAAUCCUGGUUAAGUUUUCCGUAGUUCAUAUUUUUUGUAAAGUGUUUGACAUAUGGCUUUGAAACUUUCAACACUUGUUUAGUAUAAUAGUCUCUAUCUGUAGGAAAGAGUACAUAACUCUGUUAUCUAUUUUGGCUGAAUUAUGGCCCUUUCUGGACUUGGUUCUGUUUUCAUACAAGUCCACGUUUUGUCAAAACUAUUUAACAUAUGGCUUUUAAACUUUGAACACUUGUUUAUCAUUAUGAUUUCCAUCUGUAGGCAAGAGUACAUAACUAUUUUUACUGAAUUAUGGCCCUUUUUGGACUUUGAAAUUGGUUCAUACAUUGCCAUUUAGCGCAAGACUUAUCGAAAUCAAAGAAAUACAGGAACCUUGUUUGUCUAAUCUAUUUAUUUCUUUUGUCUGAAUAUCUGUGGAAACAUUUUGACCCCAUUCUUCAAUCAAUUCUUCGAAUAGUCGAGCGCGCUGUCCUCAGACAGCUCUUGUUGUCAAUAGAAAUAGCUAACAUGUGAAAAAAGGAAUUUCAAAUUUGUGUCAAUUCCGGUUACAUAAAAUUGAUUAAAUGCUCGGCAGUGCCUCUCGUUUUAAAAAUAGGACAGGUUCACCACCUUGUGUAAAUGUUGCAGACAUAUUUCAAAAGACGACCAAAUGACCGUUUGAAAUCAUGGAAAAACAAUUUCCACAUAUCAUUUACAUUGUAGAUCGAUAGAUCUACAGAUUUUAUCUUUUCACUGCAUGUCUGCAGACCUAGCAUCUUGUAUGUUCUCGGUAAAAAUAUUUCUGUCUUAUAUUUGAACUAAUAAUAUCAUCUAUUAGCUAAUUAUGUUGACUGUCUCGUGAAUGUUGAGUUCAUUGUCAUUUCAUUUAACACGUACACAUUUACAAUUUGGCUAUUAUCCAGUGUCAAUGGACAUUAAUGAAGCUUAUGCCUGUAAAUAGCUCCAUAGAUGGAAUGUCACACUGUUUUGCAUUAAGAACUGAAGGAACCUGCCCGCAAGGUAUUAUUUAGACAGAAGCUAAAGUAGUCAGCAAUAAAUUUGUUUAACUGGGGCUUUGUUUAAGGUAGUUUUAUACGGUCAGAUAAAUAAUUAUCAACUGUAGAAUUUGAUUAAACCCUGACUAUAUAAAACUUAUAAGUAAAAAUAAAAAAUAAAAACGA